AUGACGCUCCCGGAGGUUCAGGAGAAAAUCGACCAGCUGUACGGCGACCGCAACGCGAAGAACCUUCGCGAAGGCCUCGGCAAAGGACUGAUGUCCGUUGGUAAGGGCGUGUUUGCCGGCGUCGGAGGGCUCAUCGUGGCGCCGGUUGCGGGGCUGGUGCAGCAAGGCGGCGUCGGUCUGAUCAAAGGGACCAUCGCAGGUGUUGCGGGUCUCGUGGUUCUGCCGACCGUUGGGAUAGUGCAAGGCGCGCGGCAGCUGAAAGAGGGGAUUAAGAACACGCCCGAAGCGAUUCGGGAGAUGAUGAAGAAGGAUAAGUGCGAGGAGGAGGCAGAGAAAGCGGAGGUGGUGGACGAUGCCGACGCGGAUAAGCUUAACGAAGAGACGUACUCGCUAGAGCGCGAAACUGUCGAGAAGAUCGCGCUCGAAGCGGAAACUGCGAAACCUGCCGUAGUAUCCGAAGCCGCUGCGGCGCCGGCGGAAAAGAGGGAGAAGCGGGAAGUGAAGGAGGAGGAGCUGUAUGUGGUUCUGGAGGUGUCGACCGACGCGACGUCGGUGGAGAUUAAGAAGGCGUACUACAAGCUAGCGCGUACGUGCCAUCCCGACAAGGUCCCUGACGACGAAAUCGCCAAGGCCAAGUUCCAAGCAGUGGGCGAGGCGUACCAAGUCCUCAUGGACCCCGCCAAGCGCGAGAAAUACGACCGCUUCGGCCGCGCCGCGCUAGACGACACAUUCAUGGACCCCGGCUAUUUCUUCACCAUGUCCUUCGGCGCGGAUAAGUUCAAGUCGCUUGUCGGGGAACUCACUAUCGCGUACACGGCGGCGGGGAAUAUGACAGUGGAGGAUGUGAAGAAGUGGCAGGUGAAAAGGGAGAAGGAGCUCGCGGCGAUUCUGGUGAAGCGGCUGGAGCCGUGGAUGGCGGGCGACGAGGAGGGGUUUGUGCGCGACGCCGUCGCGCAGGUGGAGGAGCUCAAGGGCGAGGCGUUUGGCGUCGCGUUCCUGCAGUGUAUCGGCUACACCUACUACACGCGCGCGCAAGUGCUGCUGGGCAUGACGGUGAUGCUUGGCAUUCCGAACUUCGUGAACGCGGUCAAGGAGUCUGGGCACGCGAUGAAGACCCGAAACAACGCCAUCGGCGCUGCGUUUAAGCUAGCGGAGAUGCAGGUCACAGUUGACCCUCACAAGCCGCCCAGCGAGCAGCCCAACAUGCCCGAGUUCCUCAACUCCGUCUGGAUGAUAAGCGUGCUGGACAUAGAAAGUACACUGCGCCACGUGGUGGAGCUUGUAGUGAAAGACAAGACAGUUUCUAAGGAGGACAGGAAGAAGAGGGCCAUCGGCAUCAUGCGACUGGGGAAGAUUUUCCAGGAGGCAUAG